UGGGUGUGCAUAACUUUUGGCACCCCACAAGCACAAAAAUACUUUCCUUCUCCUUUAAUGGAAAUACGGCUGGAAAGUGUAUUUUCUGUAGAAGGGAAACAUGAAACUAGGCACCCAGGUUAAUGAUUAGAGUCAUAGGGGAUGACUGGGUUGCCCCGAGUGAAUUUGUUCUGCCAAGCAUGUUUAGAGAACGACAGUAUCUGUUUAGAGCAACAGUUAAUGACAGUUUAUGGUUGGAAGAAUGCCAGUGCUUUCAGACUGAUUUUAAUUUUACCACUCCCCCUUUUCCUUUUUUCAGAAUGAGCAUAGAGCACAAGAAUAGCAUUUUAAAUGAAGUGCCAGUAUUGCUUCAAGGGAGAAGCAUGCUAGAUCUGUAGUAGUUUGCAGGAUGGCUCUCAGGAAGGCAAUGGGCGGGGAGGGGCAAGCUGCUGCCAUUCAUGAGACUGUGUGCAACUCCCUAGCAACCUUCCCUUACACACACUGGAAUAGAGCAGGGAGUUCUCAUGCAGCUAUGUAGCCACUUCUCCCUACCCACCAGCCCUUCCCUGCCGUGAUCUGCUGAGCUGCUCUACAAUGCAACCUUGUCGGUCGUCAAACACCGUGUUGGAGUGAAUAAAUCUCAGCCAGGACACGUGAUCAUCCCCCCAACUUCCCACCACUAUGAAGUGCAAAAGGCUGGCAACUGUGCCCCCUGAUAUAACAGAAGAUGAUUUUGAGGACUUCUUAGCAACAGAUGACUUGCUUGUAGAUUACUUCAAUGAAUUCCUGAGCCUGCCAACCUUUCCAGAAGCAAUCAAGUUCAACAAAACUUUUGGCAUCUUCGAAGUUGUAAAUAAUGUUCCGGAACACCUGAAACAGCAGAUGAAACAAGCGUUACGGGACCUAGAAUCUCCAAAUCCCAUUUAUGAUGCUUCCAGAAGAGUAACUGGUUUGAAACCUAGGGAACCCCCUUCUGCCGACUUAAACAUUGAUAUCAAUUACAGUAUUAUGUGCUUGAAUCGUGAGCAAGGGGUUCAGUGGAUCAAGAAAGAGAGACUCCCAGCUUUUCUAAAAAGCGAUUGCUAUUUUGAGUACAGACUUGCCAAGCUUAUGUCACAGGUAAGAGUGAGCAACUCUGGAGUGACAGUUCUUGCUGACCCAAAGUACCAGCCAUGGGAACUCAGAAAAGAGAGUGCUGCUUUGACAAAAACUGAGAACACAGAUCACACCAUCAUGCAAAAAUUCUUUGUCACGCUUGGCCAGGCUUCGUUUACUCAGACUAAGGAAUGGUUUACAGUUGCAAAAGACAGUGUUCAGACCACAACAACUAGUUCAUUAAAUGGAACAGCAGACUAUGGCCAUGAAAUUAGCAGUACUAAACUGAAUUCACAAAGCAGUAAAGAAUCAGAAAGUAGUCGUAAUCAGCGAGUCCUUCUCAGACCCCUUUCUGAAACAUAUCACAAUGGAAGUGAGAUCGCUGAUGAUGAAGAGGAUGAGUACGCUAUAUCUAUCGUAGACACACCGUGUCCAACCCCUGCGAGAAUUUAUAUUAAUCAGAUGUCAGAUAACUACGAAGUACAGAACCAGAAAACAAUUGACUCUCAAGGCCUGGUGUUUGCAAAUACACCAGUCUUCUCCACAGUCGAAGAUUUUGCUUGUUCCUUUGUUCAGCAGGUUAUGAAAUCCGCAGUUAUAGAACUGACUGGGCAACAAGUCAAGCGAAGUAACCAGGACCUGGAUAUUCAUGCUUUAUCUACAGUAGUUAUCAGUAGCUUACAGAGUUCCAAUACUGCUUCAGUUACUUCCAAGAGCUCAGAAACGUCCAUUGAAGAAGAGAUCAUCGUGUCAGAAGCGGACAGUGAUGAACUUGACACCAUAGACUCCUGCUGUGUCAGAGACGCUGACUAUCAAAUGAACAGCCGACGGGAGUUUGAAAUGUUUAAAUCAUUUCUUAAAGGAACUUCAGGGGAGAAGUUAUGGUGCCUCUGGAUAGACAUCGAAAGGCUUCAGGCCAUAAAAGACCAUAAACGGCAGCAGGGUCAUCUCAGUAAGAUGAAGAAGCGCUAUCUGGUGACCAACGGGGACCUCUUUUUUACAAGAGAAUUACUGUUUAAACUGGAACUUCUGAAUACAAAUCACUGGAAUAAAAAUCAUUUGCAGAAUGUCCAGAGUGAGGUGGUUAAACCAUUGCUCCUAUAUUGGGGGCCUAGAUUCUGUAUGUCUGAUUCUGCUUCAGCUCAUAAUGUUCACUCGGAUCUGAAAGCCUGGUCUGAUCGUCAGCUAAGACCAAAAAGAGAUGCCGACCCUUUUGCAAAGACGCUAACGCUUUUACCAUUGAGACCCAAGUCUUGUGCCCCAAGAAUUAGUACAUCAGUUCAUCGUGUAUUUGAAGAAAGCCCACCGAUAAGAUCUUCAAAAAGGAGUAAGACAUGUUCUCCAAGUCGGCAAUCUGGUAGUUUGAUUUCUGCAAAACUAAAACCAAAACAAACCAGCAGGAGUUUCCCUGGCAGUGCAGCAUAUAACUCUCCAUCUAGCAUGAAACGGAAACAUCAAAGAACAAACAGCUAUCUGUCUACAUCCCUAGGUUUGCCUAGAGAGAGUUUACAUAUAGGCUCAAUGUUUGAUCAAGAUCUUCCCAAGGAUGAUUUGAGUGAGGAUGGUAAUAUCAUCAGUGUGCUAAGGGGCUCCAAAAUGGCAGAAAUGCUAAACGCCCUUAACCUGGACUCCCGAGCUGGCUAUUUCUUUGCUACGUUCUGUGAGAAGUCAGGGAACAAGUUGUGGGAGAAUGGGAUCUAUUUCUGGUUUGAUCUACAGUCAUAUCAUCACAAGUUUUACCAGGAGACUCUUCAACCAUUUCAGCUAUGCAGACAUUCCCAAUUUCUGUUUGGCACGUACCUUGCUCCUUCUGCUUCCAUGGAUAUCGGAGCUGAGCAGACUAUUAAAAAAGAGAUUUACCAGAAACUUGAUCCACCUUUUGAGGAUUUAUUUGACUCGGCUGAAGAAUACGUCCUUACCCUCCUGCUCUUGGCCUGGAGUCAGAUGACAGAGUCGGACAGACAGACCUACAGCAAGGUGGAGCUGGUGGAGGAAUUUCGCCAGCUGGAAUCUGCACUCUACAGGAAGCUGCAAGUCCUGCAGCAGGAGAGGAUGGCCAAGAAAAGUCAAGAUCAGGCACGGAAAUCCAUUUUCCUGCCACCUCCUGACAUUGCAAAAGAGCCCGACCUGUGGGAGCUGGUCCCUGAGGAAUACAGGAAUUAUAACCUCACCACCUUAAUUCGACACCGGAUGGAGCUUGAGCAUUUCCGAAAUUUUUUGGAAGAUCAUUUUGCAAGCAUGGACCUCAUGUGCUGGAUAGACCUGGAGCAGCUAAGGAGAAUGCCACACAAAGAAAAGGAAAAACGGCAGGAAAAAUCCAAAGACAUAAAAGACAAAUAUUUAAACAAGAAGUACUUUUUCGGUCCAAACAGUCCGGCCACCAGAGAUCAGCAAGAACAGGUGAUGAAACUUGCAGGAGGCUGGGGCAAGAUUCUACGUGAUCGACUCUCAUCGGCAGUCCUGAUAGAAGUACAGAAAUACGUCAGAAUGAGGAUAGAGAAAAAGUGGCUGCCAAUGUUUUUAGCAACAGAGGAGUACAGAGAGCGCCAGAAAGUACAUGGACAAAUGAAAGAUGUUGCGGAAGAUGUUAUAUUUCAAACAAACAAAAAGAAAAUGGGAGUUUGGAAGCAUCUUGACAGCAAAUGGAUCUCGUCCUCCAAAGAGAUCAUUGCCUUUCGCAAGGCCUUAAUGAACCCAGUAACCUCCAGUCAGUUUCAAAGGUUCAUUUCACUCAAAGGAGACUUUCUGGAGAAUGGACUGCUUUUUUGGAUUGAAGUACAAAAAUACAAGGAUCUGUGCCACUCUCACUGUGAUGAUUACGCAAUCCAGAGUAAAAUCACUGCUAUCAUUAACUGCUUCAUCAAUUCCUCCAUCCCACCAGCCUUGCAGAUUGACAUUCCCCAGGAGCAAGCAGAGAAAAUCUUAGAACGCCGCCGAGAUUUAGGCCCAUACGUGUUUAGGGAGGCUCAGAUGACCAUCUUUAGCAUCAUGUUCAAAUUCUGGCCCGAGUUUUGUGACUUCCGUAGAAAUCUGGCGGAUGAGAAGAUUUUGCCUUUCCUGGAUAGAAAGAAAUUAAAGCAGACAGAGGCCGUGAAAACAAAAAUGAGAGAAGAGGAGAGACUUGCGAAGCAACAGCAAGAGGAGGCUAAGAGGAAAGGAACACUAUCCGACUUAUAUGGUGAUAACGAAAGCACUUACAGUGAGGACAGGUUAUCUGGAUACGGGGGGCAUGCAAGAGAUGGAUUUGCACAGGAUCGAUAUGGGGCAGAUGGAUUUGGACGAAGCAGAAAUGUGUCUUGGAGUUAUUCUAAGUAUGUGGAAGCUUUGGAGAAGGAGAGAAUGCUUCUGAAACUUCAGGAAGAUUUGGAAAAGAAGGCACGGGGUUCCAUUCUAUCUGAUAAUUCAUCUCUUUACAGUGUAAGAACAGAAGCCUCAAAAAGGACGAACAGAUCUUCAAACCAGGCUGCACCCACUGACAGGCCCUCAUCUGCUUCAUACUAGCAAUAUCAGCAGCACCAUGCUCUCUAUACAAAAAGGUGAAUCGUGACACAACCUGACAGGGACCUGAAGAGCUUUGCUGUCCUGAAAGCAAGAAGCCAUUUCAAUAAACAUCAUACAUCUGCUCUCACCUAAACCAUUCCCAUGAGCAACAAGUGUCAUUAUUUAAAAUGGAUUUCGUUAUUAACUGGGUCUUCUGAGCUUAUAAGGACAGUUUGGGUAGAAAGGUCAACCUUAGUGGGUUUCUUUUUUUAUCUAUGUGCAGCCACUAAGAUAGAAAAGACCAGCACACAAAGGCAAUGGGGCAUUUUCACAUAAAUUUAACCUAAAAAGUACAUGUUGUAUUUUUUACACAAUUUCCAAUUUGGCGCCGAGUGCAGCCAGACCCCGGACUCAAGGGACUUUUAAAUGAUAACUUAAGAGACAUGCUUAGGGCUCUUGGGCUUGUGUCCAGGGUCAAAUUAAAUGACCACUAUUAUCAUAAAAUCAAACUUUGCUCAUUCCAAGGUUUUAGUGUAGGGUUUUAUUAUCCAGUAAAAUGUGGCCAUGGGUCAGAAUUCUGCUGCAAGGCAGUGUAUAUAACCCUGAAAUCUCCCUUGGACCGUACAUGACCUAUUCAGAUUGGAAUAUGGACAAUUUUUCAAUUAAGGGUUUGCGUUCAGCCAAAUCAUCAUUUUUUCACUUUAGAUUUAGCCAAAUGUCAGUAUUGACUAGAACUGAAUCUGAACCACCCUUAGGCCACAUGGAAAUUUGCUUUUUGGGUACAGGUAUGGGAUCUGUUAUCCGGAAACUUGUUAUCCAGAAAUCUCUGAAUUACAGAAAGGCUGUC